AUGGUCUACAUCAUCCACGGCAAUGCCAUGUCCACCUGCACCGCGCGGGUGAUCGUCUCUUUCCUCGCUAUGGGUCUCCAGCCCGAGAAAGACUUCAAGCUCGAGUCAGCCGAGUUUACCGUUCUCAAGGAGGCGGACUGGAUGGCACACCAGCCGUUCGGCCAGAUGCCUUGGAUGGAGGACACCGAGGCCGGUCUUGAGAUCUUCGAGUCGCGGGCUAUCGUCAGCUACGUUGGCGGCAAGAUCGGGUCCCCGCUCACGCCCGGCCCCGAGAACCACAAGGCUUUCGCCGGGUACCUCCAGGCUGCCCAGAACGAGUCUGCUCAGUUUGACGGACCCGCUUCUACCCUGGCUUUCGAGCUCUACUUCAGCAAGUGGUUCGGCAUCCCCACCAACGAAGAGAACGCCAAGAAGCAGAAGGACACCCUCGCCAAGAAGCUCGAGGGGUACGAGCGCAUCCUCUCGAAGAGCAAGUACCUCGGCGGCGAGAACUUGACCGUUGCGGACCUGAGCCACCUCGCCUACGGUGCCCUCUUGUCAAACAUCGGCGCUGCCCCGACUUUGACCGACGGCUCGCUCCCCAACGUCGCUCGAUGGUGGAAGGACAUCUCGGCUAACCCUGCCUGGGCUAAGACUAAGGAGAUGGGUCACCCCGAGCACGGCAAGGCCUAG